AUGCCGCGUGCUCGUGAGCAGAAACCAGGGAGCCUGCACGUGCAGCAGGGCGUGCGCUGGCAGGACGCUGCCAUCCCUGCUGCUUGGGAACCCCACAAAAACUUCCUAUCGUCCCCCUACCCACCCGAACUAAGCAAAAUGCUGGCCAUUUUUUACAUGUUAAAGACUGCAGUGACAGAGAGUGAGGAAGAGGAUGACAAUGAAAUGGAAAUUGAAGAUCAAGAUAGUAAAGCUGAAAAGCCAAAUAUCAUUAAUUUUGACACCAGCUUGCCAACGUCACAUGUGUAUUUAGGUUCUGAUAUGGAAGAAUUUCAUGGGAGAACAGUGCACGAUGAUGACAGCUGUCAGGUGAUUCCAGUGUUGCCUCACGUGAUGGUGAUGUUGAUUCCUGGACAGACGUUGCCUCUUCAGCUUUUUCACCCUCAAGAGGUUAGCAUGGUGCGGAAUUUAAUUCAGAAAGACAGAACAUUUGCUGUUCUUGCAUACAGUAAUGCACGUGAAAGGGAAGCACAUUUUGGAACAACAGCAGAAAUAUAUGCAUACCGAGAAGAGCAGGAAUUUGGAAUUGAAACUGUCAAAGUGAAAGCAAUAGGGAGACAAAGGUUCAAGGUGCUUGAAAUCAGACCUCAGUCAGAUGGAAUCCAACAGGCUAAAGUACAAAUCCUUCCUGAACGGGUGCUGCCUUCAACAAUGUCAGCAGUGCAGCUGCAAUCUCUCAACCGAUGCCACAUAUUUCCUUCUUCAAAACCUGCAUCACGGAAGGACCGAGCUGUACAUCAGUGGUGGCAGAAAUAUCAAAAGAGGAAGUUUCACUGUGCAAGUUUGACAUCUUGGCCUCCCUGGCUCUACUCUUUAUAUGACGCUGAAACCUUGAUGGAAAGAGUCAAGAGGCAGCUACACGAAUGGGAUGAAAAUCUUAAAGAUGAAUCUCUGCCAACAAACCCAAUAGAUUUUUCUUACAGAGUUGCUGCCUGCCUGCCUAUUGAUGAUGCAUUACGUAUACAGUUGCUAAAAAUAGGUAGUGCUGUCCAGAGACUCCGAUGUGAAUUAGAUAUUAUGAACAAAUGUACAUCUCUCUGCUGUAAGCAAUGCCAAGAUACAGAAAUAACAACCAAGAAUGAAAUAUUCAGUUUGUCGCUGUGCGGCCCCAUGGCCGCGUACGUGAAUCCGCACGGAUACAUCCAUGAAACCCUGACGGUCUACAAAGCCUGCAACCUGAACCUCAGCGGCCGACCAUCCACAGAGCACAGCUGGUUUCCUGGGUACGCGUGGACUAUAGCCCAGUGCCGAAUCUGCGGGAACCACAUGGGCUGGAAGUUCACAGCUACCAAGAAGGAGAUGUCCCCUCAGAAGUUCUGGGGGCUGACGCGCUCUGCUCUCCUGCCCCGGAUCCCAGAGGGAGAGGACGAAUCAGGCCACGACAGAUCGCCGCUGCUCUGCUUGUAACCUCCUCA